CCUUUGCAGCAAAUGGCUAACAGAGAUAAACAGUAGGUGCAAUUGUCUCUGUAUGUAAUCCUGACGGGGCCCUGGCCAGAUGGGUAACUGUUGUUCUGAUGAAGGCAGAGCGGCAAGGGAAAGAAAUGAUCGAAUAGACAAAAUUCUUACCCGAGAUAAAAAGAAUGCCCGCCGGGAAUUAAAGCUCCUCUUGCUAGGUACCGGUGAGAGUGGUAAGAGUACAUUCAUCAAACAAAUGAGAAUCAUUCAUGGUGCCGGUUAUACAGAUGACGAUCGGUUGGCGUUUAGGGUUAUGGUCUUUCAAAAUAUACAUAAAGUAAUAAGAACUCUGUGCGAACAAAUGGACAAUCUUCAAAUUGAGUACGAAGUUGAAAUCAAUGCUGACAGUUAUGCUGAUUUGAUCCUGGACACGGACCCAGAGUGCGUGCAUGAAUUGCUCCACGACAUGGUCGUUGCUAUCCAAUCAUUGUGGGGCGACUCCGGGGUUCAACUUUGUUACGACAGGAGGCGGGAAUUUCAACUUGCGGAUUCCUGUAAAUAUUAUUUAGAUGAUUUAGACAGAAUAGAAAAUCCAGAUUAUAUCCCGACUGAGCAAGAUGUUCUACGGGUAAGAGUACCAACCACCGGCAUUUCAGAAUAUCCCUUCGACAUGGACAGGGUUAUAUUUCGAAUGGUGGAUGUAGGAGGUCAAAGAUCUGAGAGGCGGAAAUGGAUUCACUGUUUUGAAAAUGUAACAUCAAUUAUGUUUUUAGCAGCCCUGUCAGAAUACGAUCAGUAUCUUUUCGAGUCCGGGAAUGAGAACAGGAUGCAAGAGUCGCAAGCGUUAUUUCGAACGAUCAUCACUUAUCCCUGGUUUCAACAGUCAUCAGUUAUUUUAUUUUUGAAUAAGAAGGAUUUGUUAGAAGAAAAAAUAACGCGGUCACAUUUAAAAGACUAUUUCGCUCAGUAUACAGGACCUGCUGGAGACGCGGAAGCAGCUAAAGAAUUUAUUUUGCGGAUGUACUUAGCAUUGAAUCCAGUUCCAGAAACGGGGGACCCUAAAACAAUAUACUCUCACUACACGCAAGCCACCGAUACGGAAAACAUUAGAUUCGUCUUCGCGGCCGUAAAAGACACAAUUUUACAGUUGAACCUGAAGGAAUACAAUUUAGUGUGAGGGUAUGGGUCUGAUAGCCUGGACAGUGUGUUGAGAGGAAUAGCCCCGUUUCUCUUGGUGCGCUGCGCUUCAAGUUUCCGGAAGAUCUGCCAUUUGUCCGACGAGUAGCUCUCCCUCUCUCGACUGUUCGUACUGGAAAGCAGGGUCUCGUGUCGUUUGUUGAGCGCUCAAGGAACGGGAACUGACGAAUCCUCUUCCUUUUCGCAUCACGUUAGAUGCGCACGUUGUGCACACCUGCUGGCGUGCGCACUUAGCUGCGCGUGUUGCGCUCAACUCCCCUUCUCCACUCAACCAGGACGGGUUGAGAUCAACCGCGCAGCACGUCACACAAGUACCCCCUCCCCUUGACUCAUGAUAUACUCCAAAAGAAGACUUAGUCAGAUGAGUGGCAGCUCAAUAUAGCCCAGCUAUUGUUCAAAUUGAUAAUGUAUAUAAGAUUGGUUGUCGUGUGUGUUUCGAGUUUAAAAUUUAAAUUAAUAUUUGCUAUAUUAAAGGUUUCUCCAUUUUAGUACUGCAGGUCCGCCCCGCUAAUUUGUUUAGCUUUUGCUCUUCACGCUAGCAAAGGUAUGAUAUGUGGCAGUCCAACCCAUGAUUUUGGUAACUUCCAUAGAUAUCUGCAAAGUUAUAUACGUUUUGAUGAUGAUCAAUUUUUGCGAAAUCUAUAUACAGCUGUCUGUGCCCAAGAAAGGCUCUUUUAGAACACUAACGGUAAUAACACUGUGUUAAAGGCUAUGUGUUAAAAGUUCUCAUUUUUUCAUGAAUUUGUAUGAUCUUGAAUGUGAGCCUAUUCUCUGCUUGUCGGACAGCUUUAAUACUGGGUUUUACAGAAUUUUAGAAUUUAUUUUUAUUAAUAAAGAAAUCAAAUUGUGAUAGGUUUUAUUUUUAUCAUGCAUUCGGAUCAAGACGAAUCCAAAUGUUUGACGUUAUGUAUUUGAUAUAUGUACCACCCCCAGAAGUGCAGUGUGAACCAGGCGCGGGUCGGCCGGUAGCGCAGCGCUGUAACUGCUCCGCACUGCUCACCUGCCUAACCAGGUCCAUGGUUAGCAGCUGACUUGCCUUGCAGUGCAGUGCCUCCCCACCGCCCGACUCUCGCUUCGUAACGUUUCCUUUGGAACCCAGGCCCUUUGGUUCCCAUGUUAACUUUACCUAACAACCGGUGAUUAACAGAUGAUUUCAGCUCUAACUUUCUCCACACCGAUCUUUCGUAGAUUUGCAUGGGUAGUGUGCCGCGCGUGAGGCACUGGACGCGAGCUGCCACGUACUUUACAACUCAGAAUUAGCGAAUUGUUUUACGAGAUUUUGGUUUUUAGUGUUUGAGUUAUCUGUAGCAUUUCGUACCGGUAUGUAUAUGUGUGUGUGUGUUAAGUGUAACCUUAACAACGUUCCUUGCUUUGGUUACCUUGACUACCACCAUCUUAACCGGUAUGUAAUGCUCUUAGUGGUGCUAGCAAGGAAUCCAGUCUGUAAAGAUAUGUUUAUAAUAAUAAUAUAAUUGGUAGACAAUUUUUAUACUUCUCUGAGAAAUUCACUGUUUUCUUUUAGGUUGUUGUCAGAAGUGUUGUGAGACGUUAAUGUGUAAAUCAAAAGUUAAUUAAA